UAUAAUUUGCUUUCUGGGAUCCAGCUACAGUAUCUCGCCGGACGACAACAAAUUACAGUACAGUCGUCCCAUGUUUCUUUAAUUAACCUCGUUUUGUUCGAUUCUUGGAGGAAUAUAUUCGCUUACCACUACCAGUCUGUAUCACAUUGCAUGCCCCAGCCGUGUUAGUUUCGUUGUCUUUUGUGCUACUAGGACUGUACUAGGCUGUAGUUGUUGUUGCUUUGCAGUCUUCUAUCGGUGUUUCAAGCCACUGAACUUCACUGCAAUGCCAAGACUGGCGAAUGAACGAAACCCCGCUGCGGAUUAGUAUUUGUCUUUGCGGCGUUUUUUUACAUAUAAAAAGAAUCGCUGGUUAGCCACUCAACCUCUGAGAAGUCAAAUGCCUUGCCUUUUUAGUAUCCAGUUAACAUAAAAUAUUUGAUUCUGGGAGGAAUGGGUAUUCCCCAUCUGCUUGGUCUGAUACCUGCGAGUAGUACUCAAUUUUGUAGUCAUUCAAUAGUCAGCGCUCAUUUGAUUGUAAUAUUGUUUCCUAGAUUAGCCGCAAUUAGCGUUGAUUACAAGAUGAAUUAUGUUUAAUGUAAUUGAUGUCAUUUUCAGAUUAAAACUAAUGUAAUUAGCAUGUUUUUAAAUUACUAUUGAUGUGAUAGAUACUCCCUCCCUUCCUGUUUAGAGGGCUUAUCUCAAUUUUGUUUUUUUUUUCUCAUUUAAAAGGCUCAUCUUCAUCUCCUAUUGAAAUUGUUAGCCGCAUUAAACCUUUUAAUGCAAGAAAUAAAAAGGAAAUGGACAAUGCAUGUAAUGUUCGUACUCAUCUACUCUCUCCGCUCCUAAAAAUAAGUCUUUUUAAGAUUCCACUAUGGGCUACAUACGGAGCAAAAUGAGUGAAUCUACACUCUAAAAUAUGUCUAGAUACAUUCGUACGUGGUUUAUAUUGAAAUCUCUAAAAAGACUUAUAUUUAAAAACAGGGGAAGUAGUGGUCAAGCAUGCAUACACUGCAUGAGUUUAAUUUGGGUAGGUUUGUAAAGUAGUAUGAGAUACAUCCUUUUGCUCAUUAUCUGCCUUACUUGAUGAGAUUUCAGUUUUGAGCCCUAUAAACCGGAAAGAACCAGAAAGAAGAGAGUCUAUCAUUAGUGCAAUGUGAGGUGUUGGAUAUACGUGGUUGAAUGGCUCAGAUUAUUUGGAUUCACCAAACACGUGCUUUUAUAAGUGAGGAUCGGUAAUAGUAGAUAGUAGGACCAGACUGACCCGAUGAGGAUUGAUCUGCCAUUUUCCUUUCGUAGAACCACUGAUAUGUCUUGUAGAUGUAGAAAAGAAAAUUAUCAGUCCUCACAGGUGAUCCCAUCCGGACAUGACUGACAAAUCUCUAAAUAUAAGUUUUUUUAGAAAUUUUAAUAGAAACUAUAUACGGAUGUAUAUUUACAUAUUUGAAAGUAUAAAUUCAUUCAUUUAGUUAUGUAUGUAGUCCGUUAUUGGAAUCUCGGAAUCUCCUAUUAAAAUUGCAGCGAUGAGCGAGGCCAUAUCAUCUCCCUGCGACGCUACGUACUAUAUCUCGGAAAAGAAGUAGGGGAGUAAAAAAAAAACGUGAGCCGCAACCGAAAGCUGGCUCAACAUGCAUACGUGAUCACAUGUUCACAUCCGCAGCGGGGUGGUCGUGGUAGUGCUACGGUUGCAGACUUGCAGUGGAGAAGAGGAAGCAGGAUGCAGCGACCGGCACGCGUGUUCAUCUUUCCUGCCGCUGAUGAUGAUCGACCACGUUUGGGUUUGCCGCCACUAGUACUCAGUAGCUAGCAGAGUCCAAACAAACGGAUCCUUUCACGUCGGCGACGGACGGGGUGGGCCCGGGGCGCGGCUAAUCCGUCCAAGGUGCUCCGCGCUAGAAAGCCCUAGCUACAGCCGUUGCAGCCACGAUGGAUGGAUAAAUCCAAGGAAAAAGAUCGCGCAUGCACCAAACCACGUACGUACGUCCUGCUCACCGAGAUCUCGGUCGAUGGAUGGAUGACAGCCGGCCGCCACGCUGCCGUGCACGUGAAGAGAAUAAACUGUUUUUUUUUAUAUAUAUAGAUGAGUGAAGAGAACGGAACGGCUGCCGGUCCAAUCCAGUUAUCCAACCCUGGGCCGUGGGCCCGGCCAGGUGGGAAAACGGGAGGGACGGGAAAGCCCGACGCGGAGCCGACAGCGGAAGGAGAGAGAAAGGCGGAGUGCGAUUUGAUUUGAGUCUCCCCUCCCAAGUCCCAAGCCAAAGCGCGGCACGACCCCCACUCCACACCCUACCGUAGCCGACCGCCUCCCCGCCAUUAAAGGCCGGCCAAGCGCCACUGCGGGGCUCCACCUCUCCUCUGCCCGCGCGCCUCCCGCUCGUGCUCUGCUCUGCCGCCGUCUACUCUCGCUUCGGCCGCCGCCCGCCGCCUACUCUCCUAUCCGGCCGGCCCGCCCACCCAUGCAGGCUUUUCGGUGGACAAGAUGAAGUUUGGUUCAAUAUAUGAGGAAUACCUCAGGGAAGAGCAGGACAAAUAUCUUGCUAAAUGCUCCCAUGUAGAGUACAAACGUCUGAAGAAGGUAUUGAAGCGAUGCCGACUUGAUCGCUCAUUGCAAGCAGAUGGCACCAACGGUGACCAGCAGGAGGACAGGAGUGACGAUUCUUCAGAUGCUUGCGACUGCAAUUCUUGCACAUUGUGUGAUCAGAUGUUCUUUACAGAACUCACCAAGGAGGCUUCAGAUAUAGCUGGCUAUUUCAGCUCUAGAGUGCAGCAUCUUCUAAAUCUUCAUGUUCCUUCAGGAUUGCAACGGUAUAUAUGGCGCGUACGUCAAUGCUUCAUAGAUGAUCAACAAAUCAUGGUUCAAGAAGGCAGACUGCUAGUCAACUAUGUGACUAUGAAUGCUAUUGCUAUUCGCAAAAUUCUCAAGAAAUAUGACAAAGUACAUGGCUCUGUCAGCGGUAGAGAUUUCAAAAGCAAGAUGCAAACUGAGCAUACCGAAUUGUUACAGUCACCUUGGCUGAUCGAACUGGGUGCUUUCCAUCUGAACUGUGAUAGUUCAGAUAUUGAUGAACCUGUAGGGUUCUUCAAGAACGGAUUCUUCAAGAAUUUUUCCUGUGACUUUACAGGAACACAGCCAGUAAUGACAAUGGCCAUUUCUGAAACUAUCAAGUAUGACUACAGUCUAACUUGUCCAAUUUGCUUGGACACCUUAUUCAAUCCAUAUGCUUUUAGCUGCGGUCACCUGUUCUGCAAAGGCUGUGCCUGUGGUGCUGCAUCCGUGUACAUCUUCCAUGGUGUUAGGAGCGCGCCUCCAGAGGCCAAGUGUCCUGUAUGCCGAGAGGUCGGUGUCUUUGCCCAUGCCGUGCAUAUGAACGAACUUGACUUGCUCAUCAAAACCAGGUGCAAAGAUUACUGGAGAUGCAGGCUACGCGAGGAGCGGAGCGAGAUGGUGAAGCAAUCCAAAGAAUACUGGGAGUCCCAGGCCAUGCUUUCGAUGGGCAUCUGAACCACCCUGGCAUUGCCAUUCGUUGCUUACCAUUGGCGAUCGAUCGUCAAUAACUAUCCAGCAGCGCUCGAGUCUCAGGCGUGAAGAUUCCUCUAAGAUAGCAGAUUUGAUCCAUUGACUGCUACUCUGCUACUGAUUAUUACUCUACCAAGCAAGCAAGAAGAUGUACCCAAAGAUAGCAGAGACUGACAUAACUGGGGAGGGGAGGGCUUCCAGGGGAAGCAUGUUCCCUCUUGCCUUUUGAUGUUUCAGAUCCAACCAAUAUCUUUGUUUCUUCCGUUGUACUGUACUGCAAGACUAGUUUGGAAUGGUUGAGCUCAGUUUAGCUACUUUUUUCC